CAUUGACACCGCAUCAUCAGCAGCACAGAGACAGAUGCUGAUUCAUGGGAGAAGUCUUGUGAUACUCAUUGCAUCUGUCAGUCAUCAGGGGAAUUAUUCAUGCUCUCUGAAGUAAGAACUUGUGCAAGUUUGUCAUCUGUCUAACAAGCUAGAGUCUGUAGUUGUUUUUUUUUAUUUAUAUCCUGCCAAAUCACAACAAAGUUAUCUCAAGGCACUUUACAAAGUAAGGUUUAAGACCUCACAACUAAACCCAACAGAUCCCGCAUACAGCAAGCAUUUAAUUUGACAGCAACAGUGGAGAGGAAAAACUCCCUCUCUAAUGAGGAAACCUCAAGCAGAACCAGGCUGGAUGUGGGCGGUCAUCUGCCUCAAGAGAGAGAGAAAGAGAGAAAGAGAGAGAGAGAAAAAGAGAGAGAGAAGCACAGCAACAACAACAAGCAACAGCAGAGCACAGGCUGAAUGGUUUGACCAGGGACUGGACACAGGCAGGAUGGUUGGAUCCGCAGCUGCCCAUCACAGACACAUAGCUCUGAGUCGAAUGAUACCUGUAGUAAUUCGAGUAGGCACUUCGGGUUCAGGCUCGCAGUGGACGCCACAAAGAGCGCAGAGAGUAACGACAAGUACCUUGUGGUUUGUGAUACACAAGAGUCCUGCACAAUGACGUGUCCUGAAGUAAACAUCGCCGACCUACGUGCCCUGAACAUUUUCAGCCUUAAUGGCAGCGUUUGGCGUGAGAAAGGAAAGCCACUGCCAAACAAAGGUUACUUCUCAACUGUUGAAGAGAAAGACCAAGGUGACUACACCUGUACCAGAUCCUACCUGCACAACGGUCACGUGUAUAACAUGACCUUUACAGUAGAACUCAGUGUCCAACAAAAAAGAAAAGCAGGGAAAUCACGCAUACUUUCUCCAUCCAAAGAUUUUUAUGUAGAUUUAGGCUCAGAAGUGGUGAUCGACUGUGAAGCUGUUCUAUAUUCAGACUUUGAUGAGGUGUUCUGGUUACGUGACUCCUCAUUUGUGGCACAAAAUAAAAGCUUGCCAGUUUUCUACACCUAUCGCACGAGUGAGAGUGACGAUGGAGAAAUUCACGCCACAGCAUCGCUGGUCUUUAAAAAAGUGUCAGAGGAGGAUCUGUCAGGACAGUACAGGUGCAAACUGGAUUCUGUGUUAGAACGGUCUCAUUUUGUUACCAUCACCCUCAUCAAUAAAGGUGUGUGUCUCCAGAAAGCAGAGGAGGUAUAUGUCCAGGCUGGUGAGAUGGCGGUGCUGCUGUGCCCCUAUCACAAAUGUAAAAGUAAUAGCACAGUAGUCUGGACCGGUUACACCCACCAGCAGACUAGGGUCCUCACUGACAUGUCGGUAGAUGAGCAGGACCAGCUGGGGAUGCUGGUUCAUGGCAGGAGCCUUGUGGUUUUCAGUGCAGCUGCGAACAUUGAAGGGAACUACUCCUGCUCUCUGAGGAACUCCACAUGCCAGUCCUGGUUCAGCGUGAUCGUGUACUCCACACAGCCUGAAGAGAGGAACAAGUACACUGGCAUCUGUUAUACGCAAGAGUCCUGCACUUUGACAUGUCCUGAAGUGAACAUCCCUGAAGCAGGAACCCUCAAUAUUACCAACUUUAACAGCAUCAUGUGGCGCAAGGAAGGUAAGCCAUUGCCAAACAAAGGUUACUUCUCAACUGUUGAAGAGAAAGACCAAGGUGAUUACACCUGCACCAGAUCCUACCUGCACAACGGUCACGUGUAUAACAUGACCUUUACAGUAGAACUCAGUGUCCAACCAAAAGUACCCCAGAAAACGGAAGCUAUCACUUCCCCAAAGAACAAAGAUGUGUUUGAAGUAGAACUGGGCUCAACAGUGGUGAUAAACUGUACAGCUGUUCUGUAUUCAGAUUUUGAUGAGAUUAUCUGGUUGAGUGACUCAUCAUUUGUGGAACAAAAUCACAGCUUCCCUGUUUUCUACAACUACACCAGGAAGGAUUAUUCGAAGGAAACAAAGGCUACAGCGUCUCUAGUCUUCAAAAACGUGUCUGAGGAGGAUCUGUUGAGGAGUUAUACGUGUAAACUGGAAUCUUCAUCUGUGAACCCGUACGUCGUCAUCUACCUGGUUCAGAAAGCUCGUCCCUCUCACGUCUCCCUGUUUGUCGUCAUUGCCUGCAUGGUUGUGGCGAUGACCGUGAUAGUAGUCAUCUACGUGAAGUUUAAGGUGGACAUGACUCUUUUGGUUAGGGACACUCUUGGCUGUUGGAAACCCCCCUCAGAUGGAAAGAGCUACGACGCUUUCUUGUUGUGUUACAACAGUCACACAGAUGCUGGACUGAAAGACUGUGACAGAAAAUGGCUGGAGGGUAUUUUAGAGUCCUGCUACGGUUAUAGUCUGUGUCUCUGUGAGCGUGACGUGUUACCAGGAGAAGCUGAAGUAGAGGCGGUGUUGGACUGCAUAGAGAAGAGCAGGACCGUGGUUUUGGUUCCCGCCUCUUCAGACUCUGAUCCAGGAUCUGGUCUACUCAGUGCCAUUCAUGCCGCCCUCGUAGAGCGUCAGUCUCACUUGGUUUCCAUCAAAACGGAGUCGGGUGUGUUACCAGAGGCCCUGCACCAUCUCGUCAAGGCUGGCGAUUCUGUCACCUGGAGGGGCCCCGGCUCCAUGGCAACCUCCUCCCCCUUCCUCAAGCAGCUGCGCUAUUAUCUCCCUGCCCCACAGCAUCCACCAAAACCCAGACCCCAGACAGUGUGGUGAAAUGUUUGAUCAACUUAAAAUGACUUAAAUGUGUUCAUUUCAAUGUUGAUGUAUGAGCUCAAUCAUGUUUCUGCUUUGUACUCAGGCCACUUUUACUGGCAGCUGCUGCUGUAAUAUAUAUUAAAAUGUGUCCUUUUAGUAAAUUAGCCAAGAAUCCACAAGCCUGUAAACACACAAUUAUUAUUAUUACUGUGUUGCUUUUCACUAAUGCUUUUGAGAUAAAUUUUUAGUCUUUAUUCAUGCAAAAUUUAAAUUAUCAAAUUAUAAGAUGUGCUUUAUUGAUCCUCAUGGGGGAAUUGUUUUCUCUGCAUUUGACCCAUACUCACAAAAGGAGUAGCAGCGAGCAGUGACGCGAGGCGUUCAGGGAGCUAGUGUGCUCAAGGACACAUCCAGCCUGGUUCUGCUGGAGGUUUCUUCCUCAUUAGAGAGGAAGUUCUUCCCCUCCACUGUUGCUGUUAAAUCGUAAUUAAUUACAAUUAAAGGCUUGCUGUAUGUGGGAAUUGUCUGUGCUGGGCCAUUGGCAUCUCCACUGCCAACAUCAUUAGACUUUUUGCUUGAUGGAACUGUUUGAAUCACUUAGCGGAUGAACGGAGGAAACGACGUAAGAGGAUGAUUUGCUUUCUGUCACGGUUUGGUCCUGUUGUUGGGUCAUGCCUUUACUUAGUCAGUCUUUCCUUAGUCACACUGUGUGCCACACACAAGAUGUGCAGAGGUUAGAGUCAAGAAUAGUGCUUUACUAGUAAUCUACCCACCCUUGUUCUGUUCAGCCAUGUUCAGCUAGACCCUGUCUGCCAUCUUAGACGUGAAACCAAACCACCAGACCACCCUUUGUGGGAAACAUUUACCUAUUUUCCCACAUGCAAAUUUAAUUGACGUCUAUGUGCCCUUAUAUUUCAUAGCUGCAGCCAGCGGUGCAUUAUGGGCGUGGCAGCCGCAGUGACUUCAAUAAAUGAUUGUUGCAUGUAUUGUACACUGUUGAUUUAACGAGUGUUUGUAUGUUGUAAGCUGCUGACUUGUAACAAGGAUAAAGCUCUUCAAGCCUUUUUUAGUCUUGUCAGUAUAUUAUCAGUAUAUUAUUCAUUAUAUCAGGAUCCCUGUGGAAAACAGGGAAGCGACCAUGCUCCCUUCCUGUUUUUUCACUCUGUUUACAAUUAUUCAGUCAAUUUCACUCACCCAUUUCUCUUCCUACUUCAUUCACUGUUACUUUUUUUUAUUAUUAAAGUGACUUGUUUGGCCCAA